UGUCGAUGGACAGCCGUUUCUUUUCCUUAAUCGGAUUACCAUGGGGAAUCCGCUAGAAAAUAAAAGGUGGGUAAGCAGCACGAAGCGCACCUAAAUUUCUCCAUAAAACGAGGUCAGUAUGAGAUAUCCGUUAACUGAUCAGUCGAGUGUCGAACGUUCGACGAGGAAUACUAUCGUGCGAAGAGAUGUCCUCUCACAGCGACUGAGGCCCCGCCGUCAAGGACAAGAAAUGAGGACCCUCUGCUGGUUGCUAUUGCUCGUCUUCCUUUGCAUACAAACUUCUGCGCAACGAAUUAACGAGACACCCAUUAAUUCGGAAGAAAAGUCGGAAAUAUCCGUGAAUAAUGGCACUCGACAUGCGAAGGACGAAUACUCGAAGAGGAACAAGGAGGCCUGGAACAUGAAGAAGUUACAGGAAUUGCUGAGGCAAGCUACGAAUUCUACCUCGAACACGACUAGUCAGGUGACUGUUACGAGGCAAGGUCCCUGCCAAUGCGGAGGAGGUGCUUGUGGUUGUUGCUCCAGAAUUUUGUUCGAUACCUGGAAGCAGAAGGCGUGCGUGAACGUGACGUAUGAUCCGGAUGAGUUUAGCUUCACCGCGAGGAUUAUGAUGAACGACAGGAUUUUGUACACGCGAACUGUAUCUGCUGGUGAAAAUAUUGAUGAUACGAAAGAAGUUGGAGCUCCAUUAAGUUCACAAUUGAAUAAUUUAUUGUUUAUUAAUAAUUAG